AUGACGAACUCGACGCCCAAGAACAACGACAAGAUCGAGAGGCAGGGCUCGCCCAGCAGUCAGGGCAAGCAGCGGCGUAGCUCCAACUACGUGAAGACCGUUACCUACUUCUCCAGCGGCAACAACAACGCUGCUGGAGCAGGUAGCGUUGCCGUCAACGGCAACAACGCUAGUGGACGCAACAGCAGGGCCUCCAACAGUAGCAGAAGACAAAGCUGCAGCCCACCGUGCACCUCUGCCAAAAACAUUCCCCGUAGCUCGCCCAUGCGCUAUGAUAGCCCGAGGGGCAGCCCAACCAACAAUUUCUACGCCGGGGCCAAAUUCUCGGAGCCACCAUCCCCUGCUAGCUUGCCCAAGCCGCCCAACCACUGGACCGGCUUGAUAGUGAGCUGCGGCAGCGAGACUGGUCCCUCCCACAUCUCGCAGCACUUCAACAUGUUCUUGAACAUCCAGGCUUGA